ACUGAAUGCCAACAAACGGUUCGCCAACAAAGGCAUCAAAACCAAUGGUUCCGAGAAUAUAGUGAUGAAAGUGAGUGACCAGUCAUCGGAUCCGCUGAAGAAACGCAAGAAUCUGUUCGAUGACAUGGUCUCCAAGAAGUGCCACUCCAGUGACUCGUCCGGCGCUUCCAACCGAGGCUUUCAUUUUGGCACAAAUUGCGGUCAGAUUUUUGUGGAGAAUCUGAAGUACGAAGUGAUUGAAGAAGACAUCCGACAACUGUUUGACGCCUUUGGGUCUCUCAAGAGAGCGGCCAUUAAUUACGAGAAGAGCGGCCGCUCCUCGGGAACAGCUCUCGUGGUCUUUGAAAGCAAAUCCGAUGCCAUCAAUGCUUUGAACACUCUUCAGAACAUAACUCUCGAUGACCGUAUGCUUGUAUUGACACUAAUCGAUGGCAACACUAAUAGUCAAGAGUUGGGCCUAAGAGAGGCUAAUCUGAACGCACGGCUUAAGCAGUCGAAGCAGGGGUCGAGCGGUUCCGGACGCGACCUCUGGUCUGAUUUAGCCAUCAAUUAUGACAAGAAUGAAGAGCAAAGUUUUGGUCGAAACAAACGGUUCUCGUAUUCGAGUGACAAGAAGGAGAAAGAGGUGUUCAGUGCCCAAGACUUGGACGAAGACCUCGACUCCUAUUUGGCUCAACGGAGCAAAGAAUGACUUCUUCUCAGAC